AGCGCAUCUUGGCUUCACACUCACGACGAUCUAUACCAUCACCGAUAUCUAAGCUGCAUAUACUGUAGCUCUCGUGACACUUGACUUGUCCCUCCACCAGCUUCACAUCAACAAACUCUGUAAACAUGUCUGAUACCGGUCUCCCCCCCAGCUGGGAGGUGCGAAUCUCCAACUCCAAGAACCUCCCCUACUACUUCAACUCGACCGACAAGGUGUCCCGAUGGGAGCCCCCCGCCGGCACCGACACCGAGAAGCUCAAGCACUACAUGGCCACCCACCAUAGCGCAGGCUCUCGACCCGCCGCCGCCCCUGGUAUCCCCGAGGGCAAGAUCCGCGCAGCCCAUCUCCUGGUCAAGCACCGCGACAGCCGACGACCGAGCAGCUGGCGAGAGGCUGAGAUCACCCGCUCCAAGGAGGACGCCUACCAAAUCAUCCAGGCUCACGAGGACAAGAUCAAGUCGGGCAGCAUCACCCUCGGCGAGCUCGCCCUCACCGAGUCUGAUUGCUCCUCGGCGCGCAAGCGAGGCGACCUUGGUUACUUUGGCAAGGGAGACAUGCAGAAGGAGUUUGAAGAUGCCGCCUUUGGCCUCCAGCCUGGCCAGAUGAGCGGUAUUGUGGAGACUGCCAGUGGUCUGCACUUGAUUGAGCGCCUGGAGUAAUUAAAAAGUAUAUAUCAUGUCGAAAAUUGACAAAGCACAGCGUGCCGU